ACCAGUGGUUGACGGUGCCGUGGGAGUCGUGGCUGGUUCUGCGUAUUUGUCCGGGAUCUGAGAUAUUUGUCGUCUAUUCACGUCUGGAUCUUCCCAAUGUCGGCCCACGCCAUCGUCGCGGCGGUGCUGCUGGCUGCGCUGCUGGCCGGGGAGGCGGCGGCCGACACCAUCUCACCGGGCGGCGGCAGCCUGCAGCUGCCUUCGGACGUUGCCGCCGCCGGUGCCAUGCCCGACGACGUGCGGGACAGCCUGGAGCGGGCCCGCGACGGCUUCUACAGCCAGUGCCGGGCGCAGGGCAUCGCCGACCCGGAGCACUUCGUGACCGAGCGGCGCGACCGCGCUGCGCAAUGCGUCAAGGACAACGUCGACGUCGACGAAAUCGUCCAGGACAUUUCGCGGCACAUGGAGAACGGCGAGCUGGACGUGCUGUUCUCGAGCCGCUGCCGCGACCUGCCGCCACGCAUCUUGGACUGCAUUGAGCGGCCGCUCGUCGAGCUGGAGCGCUGCCUGAACGAGACGGAGCGCGCCAAGAACUACUCCGCCACGCUGAUGGCCGGCCUGCGCGAGGCGGUCGACUUCCUCUGCUUCAACGACGGCGAGCGGAUUGCCAUCUUCCUGGGGGAGAAGGGUCAGGAGUGUAUGUCGUCGCAACAGGUGCGCGACAGCUUGACUCAGUGUCUGGAGAAACACAAUCUGACGGCGUCGACGGCGCCGGACGUGCUGGACAGCACGACGCGCGGCUUCACACCCGCUUUUUGCCACCGCAUGUUCGUGGCGCACGACUGCGCCGCCGACGCCCUCCGGCUUUGCGACGAUCCGACGCCGUCCAACGUGGUCGACAGCCUGCUGCGGGCCUUCGAGGGGCCGCUGCCGUGUCGGCGAAGCACGUCCGCGUCUCUGGUGUCGUGA